UAAUUAAUAUGCUGAUUCAUUGCAAUUUAUCGUUUAUGUUUAUUUAAAAUGAUAUUUAAACGCUAACAGUGUGUUGUUGUAAUUCUAAAAACAAAAACGUCUUAGUGUUCGUUUAUGUAGAAUAUUGUUUUAUUCGUGUUGUUAGUAAUUAUUGCAUUAUUUAUUAGUAUAGCAGUAAAAACCGCGAUUGUUGCACAAACGAACGGCAUUAUACCUAACCUAGUGUUUUUCUUUUGUGUUAAAUAGUUUUUAAUUUCGAUCGAAAAGACGCAUAUUUUACUGUCUCAGUAAUAGUACCAUUUAAGUAUAGCAAUUUAAAGACAAACAAAUUGUUCGAGCAAUGUUCGAUGGUGGCUUUAAAGAAAACAAAGAAAAUAGUAUUCAUAUCAAAGACAUCGAGUCUGAUAUUUUGAAGUCUAAAAUAAUUUUGAGAUGGAUAUCCAUGAAAAUAAUAUUGAAGAACUAGUGAGAGCUUCUGAUUUCCUUCAAUUUAACCAUGCCAAGGAUUUAUUAUGCAACUCUCAUAAAUUUAUACAAUUAGUGACAUUUAUGUUAUUUUUAAUAUAAUCGUCCAUAAAUUUCACUAAUUGUAUUAAUAUUUUGAUGAAUCUACAUCAGAAAAAAAGCUGUACACUUAUUGUUUCUAGUAUUGUUUGGAACAUUUUAGAUAGCGAUACUACUUCAUACAGGGUGCUUACGCAUUCGAGUUGUUUUAAGUCCAAAAACCACUUCCUACGCGGAUUUUUUUCUUCUUCGAAACUGAAAAAAGAAUGGCCUGACUAUGAAGUUAUCGCACCCGCACGUCUACGCCUUCAUCCUUUUAAUCCUCUUGUCAUCUAUCAAGGCGAACACCGAGCUAGAGGGACCGGAAUUUCAUUCGGUGCCGCCGUUCAACGUACAAUUUUCUAACGACACUGGAGUGAAAAUCGACUGCACGGCAUUCGGCAACCCAACGCCACAAAUACAAUGGUAUUUAGAGGACGGGACAAGAGUGAUGACGAUUCCCAAAACCAGAGUGGUCCACCAGAACGGCAGUUUGGUGUUUUUGAGUUUCGGCCCUAGCUCUUAUAUGCACGACGUGCACAGCGCACGCUAUAGGUGCAAGGCUAGCAACGCCGUUGGCCAGAUCGCCAGCGGUGUCGUCCACGUUACCGCAGUGAUGAACCAGAAUUACGACGUUCAGGUGUACGACGAAUUCGUGACCGUUGGCAACACCGCAUUGUUGCGCUGUCACAUCUCUGCGUACGCUUCCAACUAUGUAAUGGUCACGUCGUGGACCCAGGACGACGUCAUACACUUUUACCCCAACGUGGAUUCGGGCGGAAAACACUUGGUGCUGGGCAACGGCGAUCUGUACAUCAACAACGUGGACGCCAGCGACGGCUUCAAGAGCUACACGUGUAGGACGGUGCACAAGCUGACCGGUGAAAUACGAUCUAGCACUUUCCCCGGUCACAUAACCGUUAAUGAGCCUACCGGGAAUCAACGUCCACGAGUCAUAGUCGAAUCCGACAGCAGAAAGCACGUCAAAGUAGGCGAAGAUCUCAUUCUUUCGUGUUUGUCCCAGGGUUUCCCGUUGCCGUCCUACAGAUGGUACAGAGAAAACGACGACCAACUCACCACUAUAGUACACGAUCCGAGGGUAUCGAUUCCGAUGGCUGGAUUACUGAAAAUUGAAAAAAUUCGACUCGAAGACGACGGCAAAUACGCAUGCGUGUCCAACAACAGCGUGGGCGAGGAAACAGUUCGUCACAGCGUCUUCGUCACUGAACCUUUAAUGGUAAACAUUCGGCCGCAAAAAGUCGUUGGUUCUUCACUCCUGGACCCGAUGAAAUCGCUUCAGUUCGUAUGCACAGUUAACGGUUAUCCGAUUAAUAGGAUAUCGUGGUAUAAGAACGGACAACCAUUGGUGCAAAUCAACGGCAGAGUGCGCGUAGCGACGACAGCCAACAAACAAGUAUUGCAUUUGUCAUCGUUAAAUAAAGACGAUCAAGGAAUGUAUCAGUGUUUUGGAACGAACGAUUGGGACACGGCUUACGAUAGCACUCAACUUUUACUCGGAGACAUUGGACCAGAGCUAGUGUACUGGUUUACCGAGCAGACAUUACAACCGGGUCCGUCAUUGUCUCUGAAAUGCGUAGCGUCCGGAAACCCUCUGCCCCAGUUUACUUGGAAUUUAGACGGGUUUCCUAUACCCGAGUCGAAUAGAGUAUUGAUUGGUCAGUAUGUCACUGCACACGACGACGUCGUAGCUCAUGUCAACAUAUCGUCCUUGAAAGUCGAAGAUAGCGGAGAAUACACGUGUACAGCACACAACGAAAUAGCUCAAGCGUCGCACUCUUCUAGAAUAAAUGUUUAUGGCAUACCGUUCAUCAGAGAAAUGCCAAAUGUGCGCGUAGUGGCUGGCAAACAACUGUCAAUAAAAUGUCCUGUUGCAGGAUAUCCAAUCGAGUCCAUCACUUGGGAAAGAGAUGGUCUUGUAUUGCCAAGAAACCGACGUCAAAAAGUCUACAGUAAUGGAACGUUAACUGUUGAUCAGGUUCAACGACAAUCAGACGCAGGUUCAUAUACCUGUCUUGUUAAAAAUCAUCAUGGUCAGUUUUCUAGAAGAAAUGUGGAAGUGAAAAUAUUAGUUCGUCCGAAAAUUUUGCCAAUCCCUCCGAUGACCAAUCUUUUAGCAGAAGGUAUGCGAGCAGCAAUUUCUUGUCAAAUUGUCGAAGGCGAUCUUCCAGUGAUGUUUACAUGGAUGAAAAACGGAGGUGAAGGAAAGAGUGACUUAGGCCAGGGGACAACGACAAGGCACCAUGAUGAAUAUUCGUCAUCGUUGAUUAUUGAGCAUAUAACAGCGAACAACGCAGGAAACUACACUUGUAUUGCAACUAAUGCAGCCGGAGAAGAAAAAUAUACUGUGCCUUUAACGGUAAACGUUCCGCCAAAAUGGACAGUCGAACCUCAAGAUACUAAUGUUAUAAUGACAUACCCUUGUAUGCUCCAUUGUCAGGCUGAAGGAUAUCCAACGCCGACAAUAGUCUGGAGAAAAUCAUUUGGUGACAAUAUGGGAGAUUUUAAAGACUUUUUGUACGAACCGAACGUAAAUUUCUUUCGAAAUGGAACAAUAGAGUUUCUCCAUACUAGUAAAGCAAAUGAAGGUAAAUACAUGUGUGAAGCCAAAAAUGGCAUUGGUUCCGGAUUAAGUAAAGUCAUACGACUAGAAAUAAAUGUUCCGGCAAAGUUUAGACAAAAGUCUAAGCAAAUACAAGCUAAACUUAACAGCGAUGCACUUAUCCAAUGUUCUGCCGUAGGAGACUACCCUUUAAAAAUUACAUGGAAAGGAUCGAAUAAUAUGCCAAUUUUGGAAGAAGUAGACCAAAGAUAUUCAAUAAGACAACUGGCUCAAGAAAACGGUAUGGCGUCUGAACUUGGAAUAUCUCCUGUGUACAGACACGAUACUGGUGUGCUGAAGUGUACAGCGAAUAAUGAAUACGGUCAAGACGAAAUGACUAUAGAGUUGAUUGUUCAAGAAGCCCCAGAAAAUCCUAAAGGCGUGAGGAUCGUGAACCAGCAUAGUAGAUCGGUAGAAGUAACGUGGGAUCAUCCGUAUGAUGGAAAUAGUGUUCUAUUACAUUAUAUAGUUCAAUACAAACAGGUAGCAUCAUUGUGGCCAACGAAUCCGGUCAAAGUCAUCGUUGCUGGUAAUCAGAAUUCCGUCAAUGUUGAAGAUUUGCAACCAGCGAUACCUUAUCAUUUCAGAGUUAUAGCAGAAAACGCGAUUGGGCCCAGUGAGCCUAGCGAUGAAGUGCAAGUCUCUACUCUAGAAGAAGCUCCGGCCAUGGCUCCUCAAAAUAUCCGAGCUGAAACUAAAAGUAAAACAGAAAUCUUAAUAAUGUGGGAACCGCCACGGGCAGAAGCUUGCAAUGGAAUUUUGACCGGCUAUAAUAUUGGAUAUUUACCUAUCGACGAUUUGUCAAGUGCCGUCACAUCAGCAGCGCCUUUUACCCGGUAUACAAUGAAAACUAUAAUUAUCAAUUCACAUUACGGCGAAGAGAUCACUCUAAACGAACUGGUACCGUUUACAAAGUAUUCUGUCAUCGUACAAGCUUUUAACAGGCAAGGCCGAGGGCCGUUUUCUGAUCCAAUCACAGCGCAGACUGACGAAGGAGUGCCGACAAUGCCUCCGGAAAAUGUAGCGUGUAGAUCUCUGACAUCACAGAGCAUUCAAGUAUCGUGGGACAUGCCUCCGGUGGUUGGCCGUAACGGUAAAAUACAAGGUUAUAAAGUGUCAUAUCAACCCGCUGAAGAUUGGUAUGAAAAAAACGAGUACGAAACCAAAAUAACUACAGCGCAAUACACGACUAUUCAAGCUUUGUCGAAGUACACAAAUUAUAGUAUAUCAGUUUUUGCGUUUACGAGCAAAGGAGAUGGCACACGCAGUAAGCUUAUUUACUGUAAAACCGAAGAAGAUACUCCUUCUAUGCCAGCGGAUAUCAAAGCGGCAAUUAGUUCUAUAAAUUCCAUUAUCGUAUCUUGGCUUCCUCCACUUCAUCCAAACGGAAAACUCACUGGCUACCUUGUAUACACAUCGGUUUUGACAGGCCACAAGGAUUCGAAACCAAUCAAGAGAAUAUUAGGGCCGUCGGUUGAAGUUUUCGAAACGACCAGGAUCAUAGAUGGCGCCAAGUAUCAAUUUUGGGUAAAAUCUACUACUAAAGUUGGCGAAGGUGAAAGUACAAGGACUAUUACGGUUUUGCCUACUAUAAAAGUACCGGCGCAAAUAGUGUCUUUCAGUCAAUUGGUGAACAUUCGGUGGAAGAAAAAUGUAACGCUCAACUGUAAAAGAGUGGGUAUUCCGUUUCCUCAACCCAUUUGGACAAAAGAUGGACGGUCAGUGACGUCCAGUGGAAGAUAUCAGAUAAACAAAGACGGUGCAUUGGUGAUUCACGACGUCCAACAUACAGAUAGAGGAAAUUACACGUGCUUUGUGGAGAAUACACACGGGAAAGACGAAAUCGUCUACACCGUUAACGUCAGGGUUCCGCCGCCACCGCCGAAAUUGUCGAUUCACGUAGAACAGACGGAUAGCUUACACCUAAAGUGGACGGACACGGCCGAACCGGAUGUCCCGAUAUUGGGUUAUAUAAUCAAUUACAAACGCGAACACGGCGAUUGGGAAGAGAUUCAAAUUGACGGUAAAUCGCAUUCACGCGUUUUACAAAACUUGAACUGUGGCACAAAGUAUCAAGUGUACAUAACCGCGUUCAAUAAAAUCGGAACCGGGUUGCCUUGUGAUAUAAUGACAGCUUACACUAAAGGAUCGGUGCCCGUGCCGCCGGUUUUGUCUUUGGAAGCGGUUACUUAUAACAGUUCGGCAAUAAGCGCUUGGCUAGACCAUUGGAACGACGGAGGAUGCGGUAUUCUUUACUACGCCGUCGAGUGGAGACAGCCGAAAUUGUCGGACGAAUGGGUUUCGAACGGAGGCGAACCCGUGACUCCGGUCGAACAGUUCAUCACUGUCGGCGAUUUAGAACCGGCUACUAAAUAUCAAUUAAAAAUCACCGCCCACAACGCUAUCGGUUCGGCUUAUCUCGUGUACAACGUCACCACUCUCACGGUCGACGGAGCUACCGUUAUACCGUUUGACGUGUACACGGAAUUGACUCCGGAAUCUUCAGCUUUCACGUCGAUCACCACGGCCGUAUCUCUUAUCAUAGCGUUGACGUUUGUAUCGUCCAUCGCGGCGUUUACGUACUACUACAAAGUGAUAAAACGUCCGGACCGACCGGUGCCGAGAGAUAACGACGAAAGGAAUCGGGACAAUCGAUAUUCGGUCAGAGGACAAUCGCAACAAACGUUGAGCUGUGAUUCGGCAACGUUCAAAACGGAUUCUACGGAUUAUAUAGAUGAAAUAUGUCCCUAUGCCACGUUUGAAUUGGCAAAGCCACCGCAAGGCGAAAGCACGUUCAGCGGUAACAUCUACAGCGGCCCGUAUCAUUCGGUUCGAGGAUCGUUUGUUUACCAUCAACCCAAACCGUCGACUUCCGAAUCCUUCAACUUUAGUGGCCAGAGAAAAGAACACGAGUACACAAAAGUCCGACAAAAGGGCAGAAAACUCAGAGAUCCGCAUUCGGAAAGUCAAGAAUCGGAUAAUUUGGGCAGCACAGACUCCGAGGUUAAGCGGAUUCUGUCACUCCACCUGCCUAUAUCUGAAUACGACACUCACGGCAGUGACUCUGAAAACGACGAAGCGAGACGAAACCAAUCGGCCAGCCAAGAGCUCGUCUCUUUCCGACGUCGCAUGAGUAGAGAUGUAGACCACGAAGACUCGAGCACAUCGUCUGAGAACUCACUGUCGGACGUUCGAAAACCGCCGGUUUUGCCUACGGCCAGGAAACCCAAAUCCAAAAGCCAAGGAUUUUCGAAAAGGCCUUCGAUAAGUAAAAACGGCUACCCGAGUCACAGCGAAGAAAUACAAUUCAGCGAGAGGUUAAAUCCGCCGGCGAGAUUUUCUGACAGACCAAUGCGACAAAACGAAGGAAACGAAUUCGAGCGACGCCAGAAGAUAUCGUCACAUCAGCGAAAAUCGCCAAGGAGACUUGUACAAGAAACGUCGUUUCAAAUAGACGUCUAACGAAUUACCAAAUAUCAGCAUAAUUGUUAACACGGGAAAGUAAAUCAAUAUAAUGCGACGCUAUACAGGUAGCCCGCAGAAUCAUUAGAUUGCCUACCUUUAGCCCCUUAAAACGUUUCAACCACAAUGCAGUGCUUGUAGUAGUCGGAUUAGUAAUUUUCAAUUUUUCGUCUUCCCAUAUUAUAUUGAACGUCAUAAAAAUAUGUCUUAAGAAACUCGCGCAGUUAAAAUAAUAUAUUGUUACUGAUCAUUUUAAGGCGCAUGGGAUAGGCAGCCACUAGUGAAUCUGCUGGCAAUAUCAUAGUCCCCCUUCGCAUCAAACUUUUAUACUUACACUUUAUCAUUAACGGUAUUUGAUAUAAUAAUGUAUCCAAUAUAAGAUCAAUCCAAGAAAUUACUUAUUCGGUAAUUCGUUUUCGUGUUUAUACAUUUCUACAGUUUUUAUACACAUUUCAUUUUUAUCGUUCUUAGAGUUGGACACUAUUGGAAUAACAUUUUUUUUUUAUCUAUACAAAACGGUUAAUAGAAAUGAUCUUUUAUAAUUUAAUGUACCUACGAUUUAUUUAUUAUUUGCUGUAAUGUCUAAAUAAUAAUUUAAAAUCGAUACAAUUUUUGAACUAUGGAAGACGAGAAAAGUAAUUAAGAUAAUGUUUUUAUAUACAAUUGAAAA